AUGAAACAACUACUCAGAGAAGUUGAGACAUCUCUUUUGACAAAUGAAACCGAAAUAUCCCCUGCCCUUAAGCUAUUAAUUACUCAGUUAAAUAAAUCAACCCAUGAAGAUAAAUCAACAGAAAGAAAAACGUUUUGGCUAGCAUUAGACAAUUUAAGGCAAAAAAUCGGUCUACAAUCCCAAUCACAUGUCCUUUUCUUUCUACAUCUUUUUGAAGAGCUAGCUCCAACUUUAGAAAAUGAGAAAAUAUUUUUAACCUGGAUUACUUCUUUUUUGAAGUUAGCAAUUAAUAGUGCAGGGGUACCACAUUGUGUGGUGAACGAGUCAAGGAGAAUUAUAAUGAAUUUAUUAUUGCCCUCAAAAGCUACAAACACCGAAUACAAUUUGUUAAAGAAUUCUGCUGCAGGCAUUCAAUUACUUGUGCAAGUGUAUUUGCUAAAAACUGAUUUAGUUGUUGAUUCCACUUCUAGUAGUCCCCAGGAGUAUGAAGAGAGGGUUAGAUUCAUAAAGAAAAACUGCAGGGAUUUACUACAAGGUCUUGAUUUAAAUAAUCAAGUACUAGAGGCUAUCAGCAAAGAAUUUACGGAUCCUCACUACCGCUUCGAGUGCUUCGUACUUUUGUCCUCAUUAAUGUCGUCAUCAGCCUUGUUGUACCAGAUAAUGCAAACAACUUUGUGGCAUAAUAUACUUUUGUCUAUAUUGAUAGAUAAAAGUAACAGUGUGGUUGAGUCAGGAAUCAAGGUUCUCAGUAUGGUUUUGCCCCACGUCUGUGAUGUAAUAGCGGAUUAUCUACCGACCAUUAUGGCGAUUUUAAGUAAAGGUCUGGGGGGUGUUGAAAUUGAUGAUGAGUCACCAUUACCAUCAAAUUGGAAAGUAUUGAAUGAUCAGGAUCCUGAAAUUAUUGGUCCAGCAUUUGUUAGCUAUAAACAACUGUUCACUGUAUUAUACGGCCUGUUCCCUCUUAGUUUAACAUCAUUUAUUCGCAGUCCAUCUACAUAUAUCGACUCUAACAAGAUUAUAGACGAUCUCAAGCUUCAGUUGCUUGAAACUAAAGUGAAGUCAAAGUGUCAGGACUUGCUAAAGUGUUUUAUUGUUCAUCCAAAUUAUUUUAUAUAUUCUUCCCAGGAGGAAGAAAUUUUUGAUACUUCAAGGUGGGACAAAAUGCACUCCCCGAACGAGAUAGCAGCAUUUUGUUAUCAAUUGGAAUUCCGUGGGACAUCGAAGGAGAAUGCCUUUGAUAUGAGGGUAGAUGACCUUUUGGAAGGUCAUCGAUAUCUAUAUUUGAAAGAUAUGAAGGAUGCGCAGAAAGAGAGGGCUAAAAAAUGUGAAAAUUCUAUUAUCUCACUCGAAAGUUCAUCUGAUAGUAAGUCAGUUUCACAAUACGACGAAGACUCGACGAAAGAAACCACUUGCAGGCAUGUUUCGUUUUAUUUAAGAGAGAUCCUUUUGGCAAAAAAUGAAUUGGACUUCACGCUACAUAUCAAUCAGGUACUUGGAGCCGAGUGUGAGCUUUUGAAAAAAAAAUUGAACGAAAUGGAUACCCUACGAGAUCAAAACAGGUUUUUAGCUGACAUAAACGAAGGUUUACGAAUACAGCAAUCUAAGGCGAGUGAGCAAAUUACGGAAUUGCUCAAAGAAAAAGAGCGUUCUCAAAAUGAUUUCAACUCUCUGGUUACUCAUAUGCUUAAACAAUCUAACGAAUUAAAAGAAAGGGAGUCGAAACUAGUCGAGAUUCAUCAAUCAAAUGAUGCAGAGAUAGGAGAUUUAAAUUAUAGGUUGGAAAAACUGUGCAACCUUAUACAACCCAAAGAAUUAGAAGUGGAACUGCUCAAGAAGAAGUUGCGUGUAGCAUCGAUCCUUUUUUCGCAAGAUAAAUCAAAAUCUUCAAGCAAGACAUCUCUAGCACAUUUGCACCAGGCAGGCGACGCAACUAACCUGAAACAGAAAAAAUCAGAAUCAAGCUCAAGAUUCUUAGAAUUGAAAACAGCAAGUAUGAGACUGAACGCGGAAAAUCAAAUAUUAAAAGCAGAACUUGAAGAAUCAAAGAACCAGGCUGUUGCGGAAGCUUCCAAAUUUGAAGAUACAAUGAUUGGCAUACAAAAUGAGGAAUCGGUAAAGAACAAGUUAAAAAUUAACGAUAUAGUGUACAAUUACGAGUUCAAGAAUCAGGAGCUUCAAAUACUGAUAAGGGAAUUGCACAACACUAUUAAGGAGAAGGACAUAAAGUUGAGUCAGCUGACAACCACUCAACCCAUUAAUAUUCCACGUUCAUCUAUUUCUGUUGGUAAACCAGCCUCCCCUGGCCCCAGUGUUAUCGGAGACCCAACGAAUGGUACGGUGGGCGUCUACUCUCGUAAACCGCCAACACUUAACUCUGCAAGUAGCUCUACCUCUAUCACUCCAUUCAACAAACAAAAGCUCGCAAUUUUGAAAACUCAGAGCAAAGGAUCUACAGAACAAGUAAUCAAAGGAAGAGGCGGAUUUCAGAAAAGAAAGCUCAAGAUGUAA